AGGGAGGAGGAGGAGGGAGGGCGCCGGGCUGCGCUGUGCUGCUAGUCUGGAGCGGAGCCUGGCAGCGGCAGGAGCGGCGGCGCGGGGGUGAGGAGCAGCCGGAGCCUGCUGGACGGAGGCAGCCCCGUCCCCCUCCCCUCCCCCUCGCCUCUUUCUUUGUGCGCAGGGCAGGGGCGGCCCCGAUCCAUGGUCAUGGGCGACAAGAAGAGCCCGACCAGGCCGAAAAGGCAAGCCAAACCUGCAGCCGACGAAGGCUUUUGGGAUUGUAGCGUGUGCACCUUCAGGAACAGCGCCGAAGCCUUCAAGUGCAGUAUCUGCGAUGUCAGGAAAGGCACCUCCACAAGAAAACCUAGAAUAAACUCUCAGUUGGUGGCACAACAAGUUGCCCAGCAAUAUGCAACCCCACCACCACCUAAGAAGGAGAAGAAGGAGAAAGUGGAAAAACAAGACAAAGAAAAACCUGACAAAGAGAAGGAAAUUAGUCCAAGUGUUACAAAGAAGAACGCUAACAAGAAGACUAAACCAAAGUCAGACAUUGUGAAAGAUCCUCCUAGCGAAGCAAACAGCAUACAGUCUGGGAAUACUACAACAAAGACCAGCGACUCAAAUCACACUUCAAGACCCAGACUGAAAAACGUGGACAGAAGUACCGCACAGCAGCUGGCAGUCACAGUGGGGAAUGUCACAGUAAUUAUCACAGACUUUAAAGAAAAGACUCGCUCUUCUUCCACGUCGUCUUCUACAGUGACCUCCAGUGCAGGAUCAGAACAACAGAAUCAGAGCAGCUCGGGCUCUGAGAGCACAGACAAGGGCUCGUCCCGUUCCUCCACGCCAAAGGGGGACAUGUCAGCAGUCAACGACGAAUCUUUCUGAAAAUUGCACAUGCAGUUGUGGAAACUAUGAAUUCAGGGUAUGAAAUUCAAACACUCCACCUGCCCAUGCUGUUCAGAUCCUGGAGAGCCUCUUCUGUGCUUGAACACACACUCUUGGACAUCGACCUCUUACUGAUGCAACCAGGAUAACUUCUGCUUGCCGUGGGCAUCUGGCCACCACGGAAUUUCUCACCCUGACGAUUACUCUUGACACUUUUAUGUAUUCCAUUGUUUUAUAUGAUUUUCCUAACAAUCAUUUAUAAUUGGAUGUGCUCCUGAAUCUACUUUUUUAUAAUAUCUGCUGUGCACAAUUUUCCAUGAACAUUACAACUUUUUGUUUUGGGGUAGGGAGCGGGUGGGGAGGGAAGGGGGCUUUAUUUAUUGCAUUCACAAACUCCAUCCUCUUUCAACAUAUCCUUUUUAAGUUCAGUUCUUCUUCCAGUUAUACUGUGUACUAUCAGUUUUGAUAUAAAUUAUAUAUAAAUAUAUAUAUAAAUAAAUAUAUAUAAAGGGUUAUUUGAAACCAAUACAUGGAAACGCUGGUGCUUGAAACACUGUGAAGUGAAAAAAAAUCAUUUUUGAACAGUUCAAGAUCUGGGACAGUCCCCUUCUGUGAAAGUACUGAAACUGAAACAGAACUGGUCUUAGGUGAAAAGCAUUCCUGAAGGUUUGAAUCUGGAUGGGACCUAUUCUCUAUUGUUCCUUCCCCGUUUCUCCCGUAAGCAAUGUCUAAAACGUACUGGACACGCGGUUUUGAUUUUUAUAGCUUGGGAUCUGAAAUGAGAAACAGUUACUCCAGGUAGCUUGUAUUUCCCUGAGGGUAAUUCAGAUUUGGUGAUGUGCAAGUUCAUGUCCGGCUGGAGUGUAAGCGUUCACAACCAGACUGGUGUUGGCAUGGCACAGAGUCAUUGUUUUAGUAACGUGAGUAUCACUCUUGUGCAUAGCCAAUCCCACAGAUGUUUGGUGUUCUUAGAUUUAAUAAUUUAGUCCAUCUGCAUCAGUGACCAAGAUAACUUUAGAACUGGAGUGGUUUGCUUUGGGUUAGAAGGCAGCAGGGAGCUGUAGGGCUGGGAGUGAUUGCAGGUUGAGGGAGCAAGCUGGUGCUCAUUCCAGCCCGCAGCAUGUGGGUCAGUCCUUGUCUGUCCCAUCUGUGCUGUUGGGGUGGCUCUUCUUGAAAUCCAUCUCUAUUCCAAGAGUGGUUUCUGAACAGAACCUCCUCCAGUGAUGAUGCUGGGCUUGUCAGCAUUUGGACACUUCUCAGUCUCCUGUGAUGGGAGCAAAAGUAGGGAAAAACCUUCAUGCUGGCAAAUGAGUGACACGUGUGGCUUGUGCUCAUUACCAGCAUCUCCUUCAUUCUUGCUCUAAAGCUAUUCAGACUGUAAUUUCUUUUCUUGGGCUGUUAAUGUUGCUUUACAGUUUACCUUCCAUGCAUUAUCCUGCUAAAACACUAGGCUGAAGAGGUGAAACAAAACAACAAAUCCCAAACCUUUUCGGCUUUUCAUCUUUCUUUAGUGGCCCCAGGGUGCUUUGCAGUAAUUUCAGGUGCAGAGGCUAUGGCUUCAUUUAACAUCAAAUGCAUAACUUUUGGGCAUGGUGAAAGAGGGCCACAUUUCGACAACUUUGUGCCAGCUUGUUAUAUUGUGAAUUAUUUGCUUGAUGAGUAAUUUCUCUUUGUGGAGGCAGCUGA